AUGCCUCCCUACUCCCCAACAUCACCCUCCGUCCCAAUUGUAUCAGCUCCAGCCUGGACUUUGGGACAACCACCCUCUGCCACCUCCAUCCCAGAAGCUCGGUCCCAAUGGAGUCACCCAACAUUUCUUGGAUAUGUAACUCCUGCUUUGGAGCUCCCCAUAUCCUCCGGUGACCCUGCUCUUCUAACUUCCCUUUACCCAUUUCUCAUUACCAUUUACCCUCCAGCCUUCUACUCCACCCUCCUUGACCCGACCUCUCAGUUCCCUGUUAACAAUAUUGUUCAGAACCUCUCGAGUCCUACCCUACCUCCGUCCAUUCCGAUACUCACCUUCAGACUGAACAUCACCCCUCUCGCCACCCUCCUCUUACCCCUCCUCACUCCUCAUGACACCUCCACCCUUCUGUCACUCUCCUACCCUACUUCCAUCCACUCUGAUACUCACCUUCGGACCUGA